GGAUGCUGUCCCAGUCGGCUCUGUUUUGCUGUAGAUGCUUCGCGCGCAGGUCGAGGCGCGAGCGAACAACGGGGAAUACUGAUUCUGUAGUCAUUUUGCCGUAUGUCCAAAGAGUAGCGUCCAGUUCAGCAGUGGUGAUGGUGAAUUAAUUGUAGUUGCUGAUCGUGUCGGUCCGAUGGCCGGGAGGCAUCCGGGGGAUCGGCCCAGGGUCUCCACGUCCUUCUCCAGAGUAUAUGCCAGUCAAAUAAAUGAGGCUGGAUUACAGGGGUUGGCGAAGACCGCUACAUGUUCUGUCCUGUUUCGCAGAUUCAUUGUACAAGCAUAUCAAAAUGUCUCAGCUUUCUCUCGUCCACGGGCCUACAGAGCCCGCCCUCUGGGUCGACAAGACGCUCUGCGCCGUCAUCAACCAGCAGGAAUCCUCAUUCCCCGAUCGCACAGCUUUAAUCGUGCCAUGGGAGUCUACGCGUCUCACUUAUCGCCAGCUCGCUGACCGCAGCCGGGUGGUUGCAAAGGCGCUGUUUGGGGCCGGACUGCGCCAUGGCGACUGCAUCGGGAUCAUGGACGGCAACAGCUACGAGUAUAUCGAAGUCUUUCUCGGUGCUGCUCGAAUUGGGUGUCCUGUUGUUGUCCUGAAUAACACCUAUUCCCCGGAUGAGCUGAGGAAUGCAGUCUAUCGUAGCUCAUGCAAGAUCGUGUUUAUGGCCCCAAACAUUGGAUCGCGCAGCCUGGCAGGCCAUGUUGAGAAUCUCCAGGGACGAAACACCCAGAAACCUGGAUUGUCAGAGCUGCAGCAGGUCAUUCUGUUCAGGACUGAUCUACCCUCGGCCAACAACACGCUGGACACAUACAGCAACUUCUUGCAGAGGCAGCACGCAGUAUCUGUCGGCGAACUGGCCCAGGCAGAGGCAGGACUUGCCCCUGAGGACGUUCUCAACCUACAGUUCACAUCAGGAACCACCGGCUCGCCAAAGGCAGCAAUGUUGACAAACGUAAACAUCCUCAACAAUGCCCGUUUCGUCGGAAACGCCAUGCGCCUUACCCCCGAGGACGUGGUCUGCUGCGGUCCACCACUGUUCCACUGCUUCGGUCUUGUAAUGGGAUUCCUGGCUUCAUUCUGCUACGGCGCAUCCAUUGUUUUUCCGUCUGAUCACUUCCGUGCUAACGCCGUUGUCGAUGCCCUCAUGGCCGAGGAUCCGACCGUCCUCCUGGGUGUUCCGACCAUGUUCAUAGCUGAGCUGGAGAUUCUGGCAAAGACCGGCCAGAAGCCGCGGCGGCUGCGCACGGGGCUGGCCUCUGGGUCCGCCGUGUCUCAGACGCUGAUGAAUGAGAUCCGGGCGCGCAUGGGCGCGGAGAAGAUGCUUAUUGCGUACGGGAUGACCGAGACGAGUCCGGUGAAUUUCAUUACGUCGUUGGACGACCCUGAGGACAAGCGGAUUUCUACGGUUGGGCGCGUCAUGCCGCAUACUAUGGCCAAGGUGAUUGACAAGAAGGGGAACAUUGUUGCGAGGGGUGAGAGGGGGGAGUUGUGUGUCGGUGGGUAUUGCCUGCAGAAGGGGUACUGGAAGAACGAGGAGAAGACGCGAGAGGUCAUGAAGCGCGAUGCAGAUGGCGUCCUCUGGAUGUAUACAGGCGACGAGAUGAUGAUCGACGAACAGGGAUACGGACACGUCACCGGGCGUAUCAAGGAUCUUAUUAUCCGGGGAGGAGAGAACAUCUUCCCCAGGGAGAUUGAGGACCGACUGGUUGCACACGCCUCGAUCAGCGAGUCCAGCGUGGUGGGCAUCAAGAACGAGAGAUACGGCGAGGUGGUGGGCUGCUUCUUGAAGGCCACACCGGGCUGCCAGCGAGUGCUCGACAGAGAGAUCCAGCUGUGGGUUGAGAGCACUCUGGGCAGGCACAAAGCACCGCAGCACAUCUUCUGGAUUGGCGAUGCUGCAGUGGGCGACGACUUCCCCAAGACUGGCAGUGGGAAGCACCAGAAGCAUCUGCUGAGAGACACGGGCAACCGCCUGGUGGCACAGCUGAAGCCGCGAGCGCGUCUAUAGAGAAUAUUAUUCAAUUGUAGCCAGAGUAUACUUUACUGCAUCCAGAGUAUAUUAU